UAAUCAUCAUUCUUACUCUUAUUUCUCUUCAACAAAUAUUUCAGCUUUGAAAAAAUGGCUAAUUCUCAUUUGCUUCUGAUUUCCAUUCUAAUUUUGGGCAGUCUAGUGGCUGCCUUAGCUGGUAAUUUUAAUGACCUUACAGAGAUUACUUGGGGUGAAGGACGUGGUAAAGUAUUAGAGGGAGGCAAAGGUCUCUCUCUAUCACUUGACAAUUUUUCCGGGUCGGGUUUUCAAUCCAAGAAUGAAUAUCUCUUUGGAAGGUUUGACAUGCAACUCAAACUUGUCCCUGGAAACUCUGCUGGCACUGUCACAACUUUCUUUUUAUCAUCACAAGGAGAAGGACAUGAUGAGAUUGAUUUCGAGUUCUUGGGUAAUGUGACUGGCGAGCCUUACACAGUCCAUACAAAUGUUUAUUCUCAAGGAAAAGGAAACAAAGAACAACAGUUUCACCUUUGGUUCGACCCAACUGCAGCAUUUCACACGUACACCAUUGUGUGGAACGCUCACCGCAUAGUGUUCUUGGUGGAUAACAUCCCACUUAGAGUCUACAACAACCAUGAAAACAUUGGUAUUCCAUUCCCCAAGAGCCAACCCAUGAAAGUGUACUGCAGUUUGUGGAAUGCAGAUGAAUGGGCUACACAAGGAGGCAGAGUCAAGACUGAUUGGUCACACGCACCAUUCACUGCUUAUUACAGGAAUAUCAACAUUGAUGGAUGUGCAGUUGUAUCUGGUUCCUCUUCAUCAUGUAAGUCCACUGAUGCCGCAGGAAAUGCUAAGGCAUGGCAAACACAUGAACUUGAUGCUAAGGGUAGGAACAGGGUUCGAUGGGUCCAAAGUAAACACAUGGUUUAUAAUUAUUGUGCUGAUUCUAAGAGGUUUCCUCAAGGACAUUCUCAAGAGUGCAAGCGCUCAAGGUUUUAAGAAAUCGGACUUAAUUAAUUUAUUUAUUCUCAAGGUUCGAAGCUCGAUGGAUUCAUUGUUUUUUGUUUUGGUUAGGUGAAAUUCUUUAUUGUUUUUUGGUUGUACCAAUAAAAGUUGGUUUAUUUAUUUUGUUUCAUUAAAUGGUAUGUACUAUUCAUGUUUAUAUGUCUGUAUUGGGAGAAUAUGCAUGUACGUACUGUCAAUCCCUCAAUUUAAAUAAAAGAAAUUGUUACCAUAAA